AUGGGGGAUGAAGAGAAUUUUGAUCGAUAUCACGGUAUAACACACGAUUGGAUCGGCGAAAAAUUAAAAUUGGGGAAUACCCCAAUAACCCUCGAGGAGUCGGAUCUAAUCUUAGACAAUAUCAGAUAUCCAGGAACGCCAGGUCUGUACGAGUUGUUGUUCAAGAAAGACCCUCGUGGAUAUAAACAGACCGAUCUGGAGCACUACAUGGAUAUGCUAAAACGGACCAAUGCAUAUCGACGUAAUUUUGAUUCUAAUUUACAAAUUCAAGGAGUAAACACUUUCAAGUAUAAAACAAUAAUUCGACCAUAUUUAGUAAAACACAAUCUAAUAAAAGUAUCCGCUGAGGGUGCAAGCAAACGGGGUCUUUUCAGAAACCGGCACCUCCUAAAGCUCGACCCAGAUCACAAUCAUUCAAACAUGUAA